AUGUACAAGCCAGGAGCCCAGCAAUCUUUGGUUUCACCCAAUUUCUUCCCGAGCGUUAUCGAACACAAAAACCCUGAGGGAAGUGGAAGUCCCAUCUACUAUCCCCACGCUCUCACAAAGCAAGUGUGCGAAGGUGCCAACGCUAUUCGGCAUCGGCAGUUUGCUCAGGUUCAUGUCUCCGUCGGGUCCGGGUCCUUGGGUUUGGGCUGCCAAAUAUGUCAUCAUCCUGAGAACUGGGGGGGAAAGCAUUGGGAAUCAUUUGACAGCCCAACUCCGCUCAGAAGCCCUCCUGGUGGAGAUAAGGGCGAUCCAAUACAAGGCUGUAUUGCACCUCAAGGAAAUGUCAUCCUGUGGAAAUCGGCAUUCCAUCCACCGUUUGAGGAAUGGAAAGAAGCAAAGAAGCAAGAAGCCGUUGCAGUUAACUUGUCCUUCCGGAAGCGAAUGUUUGGUUUCGAACUAGAAAGUGAAACUGCGCUGCGAACGAGAAUUACAGGGCAGAAACGAGCGAUCUACAAAGAGUUGAAUGAUGAGCUGCAACAUAAAUUUGGGGAGAUAGAUGAAUGA